AGGGGUUGCCAGCUGGUGGAGAGCAAGAAUUUUUGGCAGAAGCUAAGGCAGCUGGCUUCCAUACCGGACCUGUUCACUUAGAAAAUUCAAGCUACCUAGGUAGGUACCUAACUUGACCUAAUUCUUCAAAUUAUACAAGGCGGAAAAAUAAAUAUUUCAACGUUUAAGUCAUGAACGUGACAAUAUCACAUCAUGGCGAAAGAUAAGAAGUCCAAGUCGGACUCUAAGAAAGCAAAGCUCGCCGAGAAGAAACAGAAACAAGAGAAGAAGGCCCAAAAGAAAGAAAAGACCAAAACCUCGAAGCUUGAGGGUAGUGAUGCUGAAGAUGUGGAUUUAGAUGCCGUCCUCGCUGAGUACAAGAAGGCUCAAGAGGAGUUCGAGAAAAUCACAGAGAUUGUAUCUGAAGCUCCUCCCAAGCCUCGAUCGUCCCCAACCUUUCUAGCCUCCCCAUCGAAUAGUAACCAGCUCCUAUUGUUUGGUGGAGAGACUUGGAAUGGUGCUCUUGCGAAUUUCUACAAUGAUCUAAAUAUCUAUUACACUGAUAGAGAUGAAUGGCAUUGUGUGACUUCCCCGAAUGCACCACUCCCACGUUCUGGUCAUGCUUGGUGCCGGGGAGGAAAUCAGAAAGAUUCCGUCUUUUUAUUCGGCGGCGAAUUUAGCAGUCCCAAGCAAGGUACAUUUUACCAUUACAAUGACUUCUGGAGACUGGAACCCAGUUCUCGGGAAUGGACACGCAUUGAAACCAAGGGCAAGACACCUCCUGCAAGAAGUGGGCAUCGUAUGACUUACUACAAAAACUACAUUAUCUUAUUCGGUGGCUUCCAAGAUACGUCAAAUCAGACAAAAUAUCUAAAUGACCUCUGGUUGUAUGAUACUCAGAACUUUUUCUGGUAUUGCCCUACACUUCCACCAGCACAACUGAAACCCGACGCCAGGUCAUCAUUCACCUUUCUGCCACACGAACAAGGCGCUGUAUUAUUUGGUGGUUACUCUCGGGUGAAGAAGACGGUUUCGGCAAACAAAUCAGCAAAGGGUGCAUCCCAGGGACAGAGAAACAUCCUUAAGCCAGUGGUACAUGAAGAUUGCUUUUUCCUACGGAUAACACAACCGCCCGCAGAUUCCCCACCAAAUACGCCCCCAAAUGUGAGAUGGGAAAAGCGAAAAAAGCCGGCGAAUGCGCCCGCCCCUCCCCGUGCUGGGUCAACCAUGACCUACCACAAAGGUCGUGGUAUUAUGUUUGGCGGGGUGCACGAUGUUGAGCAGACUGAAGAGGGUAUGGACAGUGAAUUUUUCAACCAUCUUUUUGCUUGGAAUAUCGAAAGGAACAGGUUCUUCCCGCUAGCACUACGUAAGGCCAGAGUUCAAAAGAAAACGCCCGCAUCGGAGCAAAGAGUCGGCCGACGCGGUAGAGCCCAGGCGAAUGAAGAGGAACUCUUAAAGCAGCUUGCAGCUUUGCAGGCUGGGUCAUCUCUAGAGGAUGCAGAGAAUAUGGAUAUCGACAUCAAAGCCGAAAAAGAGCCGGAAGAGCCGGAGAAACCAGUGCGAGAAAUGCCGGUAUCUAUGGAAUUUCCUCAUCCACGAUUUAACGCGCAGUUAGCAGUGCAAGAUGAUGUGCUAUAUAUCUAUGGUGGGACAUAUGAGGCGAAAGACCGAGAAUACACAUUUGACGAUUUAUAUGCUAUUGAUCUCGGAAAAAUGGAUGGUUGCAAACAAGUCUUCAAGAGAGAAGACGAUACUUGGGUCGGCUCUGACGAUGAAGAUGAAGACGAGGAUGAGGACGACGACGAAGAUGAAGAGGAUGAGGAGGAAGAUGCCGAAAUGUUCGAUGAAGAACCUGAAGCUCUUUUGUCUCCUAGUAAGCGCAAGAAGAAGCAGGUGGAUGAGGCGUCAAUACCCGAUACAGCGUCUAGUGUGGGUUCAAUAGGAGAUGAUGAAUCGGAGGCUGACACGGUCGCCACUACUGUUGACGACGGCUUACCACAUCCAAGACCUUUCGAAUCUAGAAGGGAGUUCUUCGUUCGUACCUCAAACGAAUGGCAGGAAAUCCUCAUGACGAGUCUUAGGUGGAAGGGCAUUCAACCUGAAAGCCUGACAAUCAAGGAAAUUAAGGCGAAAGCUUUUGAGCUCAGCGAAGAAAAGUGGUGGGAUUGCCGUGAAGAGAUCACCGCCUUGGAAGACGAGCAGGAAGCUGCCGGUAUUGGUGAAGUUGUGUCCCUGGCUGACAAAGGUGAUACAGGGGCUGGAGGUGCUGGACGAAGGAGAUGAUAUAGCGAUAACCUACCUACGCUUAACACUCAAAUAAAGCUAAUAAGUAUAUAGUAUACGAAUAAAAGCUGCUGUUAUUAA